AUGAUCGCACCGGAGAACAUUGACGAUCGUGAAACAAGAGCUAUCUCAGGUAUCGUAGAUGGUGGUCGUUGGCUUGUUGUCAACACGACGCUCAAGAAACUGCAAGAAACACACGAGAUAACCAGACAGGAACGAUGGAAAAUGAAAGCUGAUGAUACCAACAUUGCACAAUUCUACGGACUACCAAAGGUGCACAAAGAAGGAACUCCGCUUAGACCAAUCGUUUCACUUCCGGGAACCCCGACUUACAAAUUAGCAAAAGACUUAUGGAGAAGAUUAAAACACUUAAUCUCCGGAUCGGAACACACAGUCAAUAAUGCAGGUCAGUUCCUACACAAACUACGGAACGUCAGUAUAGAAGACGAUGAAGUCAUGCUUUCAUUUGAUGUCACAUCGCUGUUCACUUCAAUCAACCACAACCUCGCCAGGACAACCAUAGCAGAACUGCUUCAGACUAAGCCCAACACGACAGGAACCAUGAAACCUGAAAGUAUAGGCAAACUGCUGGACUUUUGCAUGGAUACAUACUUUACCUUCGAUGGACAAAUAUAUCAACAGCUGAAAGGAACUCCAAUGGGAUCUCCAAUAUCAGGAUUUAUUGCUGAGGCGGUAAUGCAAAGGUUAGAGCAUGCGGUACUGCCGAUCAUCAAUCCAAAACUUUGGAUCCGCUACGUGGACGACACCUUUGUCAUCGUGAAACGGGAUUCAGUGCACGAGGCACAUGAACUGCUCAACACCACUUUUGAAGAUAUCAAGUUUACAAUCGAACUGGAAAGAAACAAUCGACUACCAUUCUUAGACGUUCUAGUGAACAGAAAGAUGGAUGGGACUCUGGAAACCUGUGUAUACCGGAAGGAGACUCAUACAGAUCAAAUCCUGAACUACAACAGCAAUCACCCAGUAAACCACAAGAAGAGCUGCGUCCAAACCUUGUUCAAGAGGGCGGAGACACACUGCAGCACCACAGAACUGCGGAAGAAGGAAGAAAACCAUCUACUCAGGGUAUUCCAGAACAAUGGAUAUCCAAGGAAUUUUAUCAAGAGAAGCUUGAAGAAGAAAACACCCCAACCACGGCAACAGCAAGAACAAGCCACCAGACGGGUAGUCCUGCCUUACAUCAGGAAUAUAUCAGAACUCGCGACCAGAUUAUUGGCUCAAAAAGGAAUAUUUGUGGCCCACAAACCGAAUGCCACCCUGAGGAAAUUAAUCUCUAGACCGAAGGACAACCCGGACAAAACCAAGAAGAACAGUGUGAUAUACCAACUCAACUGCGACAACUGCAUCAAAUUCUACGUCGGACAAACUGGGAGGAGACUAUGCACGCGAAUAAAGGAACACAACGCGGCCGUCAGGAGGCAUGACCCCCUGUCCUUGAUAUCCAUACACGAGGACCAAGAAGGCCACAAAUUCAACUUGGAAAACGCAGAAAUUUUGACCACAGAAAAUGAACCUGAUGUCGUGUUCUUGGGCGACUCGAUAUUACUUCAUAUGCAAUUCUCCCAGGUCUAUAAAACCUACAUCGUACCAUUACACUGCGUCAACUUCAGCGUCUACCAUGAUGAAACACAACAUGUACUUUGGCGGAUAGAGAACGGCGAAUUGGAUGGGUUUUCUCCUAAAGUUAUCGUUAUCAUGGUAGGUACGCACAAUGUUUCUCACACUCCGGAAGAGGUCGUACGGGGUAUUCUUGCUGUCGUUGAGAAGGCGAGGGAAAAGCAACCUCAAGCGGCCAUGAUCGUGAUGGAAAGCACAGUGUUGAUACUGAUACUUCACCUCCGUACAACCACUUCUCCUAAAGUUAUCGUUAUCAUGGUAGGUACGCACAAUGUUUCUCACACUCCGGAAGAGGUCGUACGGGGUAUUCUUGCUGUCGUUGAGAAGGCGAGGGAAAAGCAACCUCAAGCGGCCAUGAUCGUGAUGGGACUCUUACCUUGUGGUCGGGAUCCCAAUCCGAGACGGACCAAACACGAACAGAUCAACAAACUCCUCGCUGCAGAGCUCAGCCAACGUCCACAAGUAACCUUCUUAAGUCCUGACUGGGAGCAAUUUGUUCAGCCAAACGGCACAAUAUCUCACCGGGACAUGUUUGACUACCUGCAUCCAGCCGAGAAUGGCUACAAUAAGCUGGCCGAACCACUAAUUGAUGAACUACAAAACCUACUACAAACAUUCCUAAAAACGGAUGCUCCUUCCAACAGUGCCGUCGUCGAAGAGUCCUGAUUGCAACCCAUCCUACGCCCUGGUCUACUUCUUUUGAUGGUGCUUCUGGCGCUCUGUAAAUGAAACAUACACGACCACUUUUCCAUUGGCUUGAUUCAUUUCCCUCUAAAUGUAUUUUUCCUUUUGAGCAUCCUGCGCAGAUCACACACAUUUACUGAAAGCUACUCAACUUUUCAAACCAGCAUUUGCACGGUUUUCAUACAUGCAGGUCGAAUAAGAGUGCUUUGUUGUUUUCGGUGAUAGACUGUCAACGUGCUUAUCUUUGACUACCAGCGUUACUCAUCCACCCGCGGUUACCCACAUUCCCUCACCCUGUGUUUCAAGAUAACUCUUCGUUCGUAGGGUUGAAAGUUCCUCCAUCUGGAUGCUGCGGUCCUUUUCCCUGUGACACUUAUGCGCACGUCAUGGUUCCAUUAAUGUUAAGGCAUUUGUGAUAUCAUUCAACAUCAAUUUUGUUUUUAAUUUUUUUCCUAUCCAACCUCAUUUGGCUGUACAACCCGUCCGUACGCUCCCUCACUCACGUAUCGUGUCCGAAUGGUGGUUAGAAAUAUUGGGUUUGUUUGUGUGGUGUUUGGGUUUUUUUUCCGAUUCAGUCCUAAAUCAUUUCACUAUGGGCAAAACAAAUUUGAGUUCGUGUACCUUGACCAUAUAUCAUCCUGUCACUAUUCGAAAUGGCUCAUUGUUUAUAGCGUGAUUUCACCAAUCGAAU